ACCGCGCCGCACGCCGUGUCAAACGCUCUUCUCACAUCCAAACAAGCAGCAAAGGCAGCUAUGGCCGGCACGUGCGCCCACGUCGAGUUCCUCCGGGCGCAGCCCUGGUGGGCGCUGGCCCUCGCCGCCGUCGGCCUCCUGGUGGCGGCCCGCGCCGCCCUGCGCCUGGCCCUCUGGCUCUACGCCGCCUUCCUCCGCCCGGGGAAGCCCCUGCGCCGCCGCUACGGGCCCUGGGCCGUCGUCACGGGCGCCACGGACGGCAUCGGCCGCGCCAUCGCCUUCCGCCUCGCCGCCUCCGGGCUAAGCCUCGUGCUCGUCGGCCGCAACCCGGACAAGCUCGCCGCCGUCUCCGAGGAGAUCAGGGCCAAGCACACCCGGGCUGAGGUCCGCACCUUCGUGCUCGAUUUCGCCGGCGAGGGGCUCGCCGCGGGCGUCGACGCGCUCAGGGAGUCCAUCCGGGGCCUCGACGUGGGCGUGCUCGUCAACAACGCCGGGGUCUCCUACCCGUACGCCCGCUACUUCCACGAGGUGGACGAGGACCUCAUGCGGAGCCUGAUCCGGGUCAACGUCGAGGGCGUCACCCGGGUCACGCACGCCGUGCUCCCCGGCAUGGUCGAGAGGAAGCGUGGCGCGAUCGUCAACAUCGGCUCCGGCGCCGCCUCCGUCGUGCCGUCCGAUCCACUCUACUCCGUCUACGCCGCCACCAAAGCGUACGUUGACCAGUUUUCAAGGUGCCUCUAUGUCGAGUACAAGGGCAAGGGCAUUGAUGUGCAAUGCCAGGUGCCUUUAUAUGUGGCAACAAAGAUGGCAUCAAUCAGGAGAUCUUCCUUCCUUGUGCCAUCAGCUGAUACUUAUGCUCGUGCAGCUAUUCGUCACAUUGGUUAUGAGCCGAGGUGCACACCAUACUGGCCACACUCCGUUAUGUGGUUCUUAAUCUCUCUUCUUCCAGAGUCACUUGUAGACAGCACACGAUUGAGCAUGUGCAUCAAAAUCCGCAAGAAGGGACAGGCCAAAGAUGCUAAGAAGAAAGCACAAUGAUGUUUCAUAAGCUUGCUUAUUGUUGAGAUUUGUUGUGUUCAAUCAUCAUGUGUAAUGGACAAGUACUUCUUCUAGCUUUGUUUCGCUGCUUCAGCUUUGUUACCUUCCCAUCCUACUAGAUUGGACUCUUGGUGUUCUUUCCACGAUUGUGAACCACAAAACUUGUACCUUCAUUUCCAAAUAUGCAACCAGCUGCACUCAAGAUGGAAAUGAAAUUAACCAAAUCGUGUAAUUCCCUCUACAGUUAUUUUUCAGCUUUGUUAGUAGGUUGGUUUGCUCACUGUAAUAUCCUCCCAUGAUGACAUUCCUUGCAAAUUUAAUCUACUCCGUAGAGGAAAUGGCUAUCCA